UCCUGUGAAAGCGAUCGCCGGUCUCACAUCUCCCUUGUUCACUGUUUCUCCUUCACCAUUCGCCUCCUCCUCCUCUCGAGGGAGAGAAGAAAAAAGCUAACGCCGCCGCAAGAAUCCAAGAAGGAGAAGAGAGAGAAUUUGAUCUCUUCCUCUCCUUCCCCGAGGCUCUGAGGCGAGGUAGGUUGUCGCGGGAUCAAUAAUGGUGGCCAUCGAGGCGGCGGCGGCGGCGGCGGCGGCGGAGAGGGGCCCGAUCCGGGCGGUGGCGGAGGCGGAGGCGGAGGCGGAGGCGAAGGUGGUGGAUGUGGAGGGGAAGGAGGAGGAGGAGGAGGCGGCCAAGGUGGAGGAGGAGGAGGAGGAGGAGAGGGAGUACAAGAGCGACAUGAGGAAGCUGGAGGAGCUCAUGUCCAAGCUGAACCCGCGCGCGCAGGAGUUCGUGCCAUCGUCGCGCCGCGCGCCGCCGGCGGCGGCGGCGCAGGCGGCGGGCGGGCUGUCCGCCGACGCGCCGGUGUUCGUCUCCGCCGCCGAGUACUUCGGCGGGGCCGGCGCCGGAGCCGGGCAGCUGCAGGUGGGCGGCGGCGGCGGGAGGGACUCCAGCAGCGACGGAUCCAGCAACGGCGGCGGGCAGCCGCAGAAUCGCCGGAGAAGGAGUGGAUUCAACCAGGGAAGGAGGAGGACGGGAGGCCGGACACGACGCGCCGAUAGGGAGGAUAGUGUGCGGAGGACCGUCUAUGUCUCUGACAUUGAUCAGCAAGUGACUGAACAGAAGCUUGCCGAAGUGUUUUCUAACUGUGGACAAGUGGUAGAUUGCCGUAUCUGUGGUGAUCCACACUCAGUCUUGCGUUUUGCUUUCAUUGAAUUUGCUGAUGAUGCCGGUGCAAGGGCCGCACUAACACUAGGAGGAACCAUGCUUGGUUACUACCCUGUUAGAGUUUUGCCUUCCAAAACAGCUAUUCUGCCUGUGAAUCCUAAAUUUCUUCCUCGGACGGAAGAUGAAAAAGAGAUGGUCUCAAGGACUGUAUAUUGUACUAACAUAGAUAAGAAGGUUACAGAAGAAGAUGUAAAGAUUUUCUUUCAGCAGCUUUGUGGGAAGGUUUCUCGGCUGAGGCUCCUUGGUGAUUAUGUGCACUCGACGUGCAUUGCAUUUGUUGAGUUUGCUCAAGCAGAAAGCGCCAUUCUAGCCCUGAACUAUAGUGGAAUGGUUCUUGGCACACUUCCUAUCAGGGUGAGCCCUUCCAAGACACCCGUGCGUCCGCGGUCGCCUCGCGUGAUGUCAAACUGAGUCCGGGUUGUUCCUGAAGCUUGAGGCUGUCACCAAUGGCAGGCAGAGCUUGAAACUCUAGUCAUGGCGUUUAGAAAUGCUGUCGCUUCGCGGAAUCGGUAACUGCCGUUUCUGAGAGUAUCAUCUCAUCAUCUCUUAGGUCCAAGUAGAAGGCCGACCUGCUGAUGUUCGUCUGUUCAGAGACCCAUCUGUAGGUUGGGAGAGGCUACAUUUUCGUUUCUUUUGUUCAGUAUGCUAUGUUCAGUAUCCUAUAACAGCCUUUGCAGGCAAUUCCGACAAUAAUAUCUACGUAUUUUCUGUCUCAUUCACACUGUUCAUGUGAAUAUGUGAUAGUUGAAAUUCCAUAUCUGACGGUGAACUUAGGGUUUUAUUUUUCAUUACUAGUGAAAUUGAAAUGAUUAA